UUAAGGAAAGAAUAAGAACCUGGGAUCCACUUGGCCUCUCCUCAGACCACGCGAGGGUUCGAUUGCAAAUCGAUUAUCUAUAGAAAACAGUUUCUAGUUGUUUAUAAGGUGAGCGAAAAUAGAAAAGUAGAGAAAGGAUUGUGUAGCACUGCGUUCCCGAGCCAGAAAUGUGUAGGUAUGGUUAUUUAUGCUUUACGUGCAGGACAACUGCACAAGCGAUAUCAUCGGGACACGCGAUGUCGCCGAAACCUCUCACGCCUAUUCUAUCUAGUCUUGGUCGUGCCUUUGCCUCGACCCUAAGCCUUGCCACAGGAAACUAUUCUGCCAAGUGGGUGCUGGAUGACUGUCGAAAUCUUUUUUUUCGCUGUCUAGAUCAGCAUUUACUAGAAAAAAGUACUUCAAGGCAUCUGACCUCCGUAACAAGUGUACUAACCUCACUGUGAGACGUCAUGUAAUAUCUCGCCUAUUCUCUAUGUGAAACUUGAACAUUUAUGACUGAUAAUUCAUCGUUUCCGGUUUGAUUUGUGAAAAUGACGGGAACCGUGAGUUUUCUCGAAAAAUCCUCCAGCCGGGAUUCUCGACUAGAGGAUAUCGCGUCGGUUGAUAAGGAGGAACGGAAAUCACCGUUCAUGCGGGAACUUGGCGAGAGGAAGGAAGCUUCGAGGAAAGUCAGCCUCUUCACGAUCUACGCGAAGAUCUUCCGGGUUAUGCUGGCCAGGUGGGUCCAGAACACAGAUCCUAACGAGGAAAAACAUGUGCGGGAAUUGGAGGAACUUGUUCUACCGAGCAAUGAGGAGUGGCGUCGUCAAGUUUAUUAUCGUCUGGUGGAUCUGCAGCGUGAAAUCGACGCCGAAGGUGAAGCUGUGGAGAUUUUUAGAAUCAAGAAUAGGAUGACAGAUUUCGAGUUAAACGCGAGUUUCACUCUAAUAAUUAUACUCUUUAACUCCGGUACCCACUGUCACUGUCAAUCUCCCAGGAUGGAGGCUGACGCGGAGAAAGAGCCAAAGGACAGCAAGGAAUGGGAAUGGCAGCCAACGCCGGGUGCCAAUGGAUAUCCUUUGCGUCCGAAAGGACGAAGGGAUACCUCGGCUGGUUCGUGGGAGGCAAUCGUAAGCGCUGGUGGCUCAAUGACGGAGGCUUGUAUCCAGCCGGGAUGGCGAGUCGGCGAUUUAAUCCUCGCAUCGAAAGUCCUUCAGAAACAAUCCUCACCACCGACGUACACUGACGAAGCAGAGAUGCGACGGGUCUUCGGGCUUGUUUACGACGUGCUACGAUACAAAAAUAUUCUCAAUCAUGCCCUGGAGGAUAUUGGCUUCUGGUAUCAUCACCCGGAUUACAAACAUGAGGAGAGAAUCGUUUGGCUCCUUCUCUACGACAUGCAGGGUCGUAAGUUUGGUCGCCGGGGUGAGGUGAACGAGGUGGCUGAGCGCGAAAAGGCCUUCCAAGAAGCCGGUCUCAAAGAGAUCGAGGACGCUUUGCUCAAGGCGAAGACGCGCUUAGCCGCGAGUGUAUCGCGGCUCCGCAUAGGUGGCUCAGCCCUCAAUUUGAGCGAACUACUACCGCAGCACCUUCGAACCGCCGAAGGCGUGGUUUGGGGUGAAAACGGAGCCGUAGCGUCCGGCUGGGUAAACACCCUCAAAAUAUCUAGUAAGGAAGAAUUCAUCCGGGAAAUGACCGGUCUGGGAUUGACCCUGUGCACGGACUGCUCCGCGGAGGAAAUCGACGAAGGAACAUUCCGGUUCGAUUCGACGUGUCCGAAAGUCGUCAACUUCCACGACGCUGCUCGAGAGACCAUUGCGAGGUCCGGCCUCGUUCGAAGUUAUCAAUUUGUUUUCAUGGAAAGGUCGUUGUGUUUAGGCGCAGCAGCGUUAGCACAGGCAGUGAGAAUGGGCCACCUCUGUGGUCCAGUAGUCCUGACUCAUGCCCUAGCGCCAAGACACACUGGCUACCUGGCGGGCCUCCUCGCAGACAUAGACGACGCUGGUCGACUCCUCGCAUUCGGUACAGGUCAACUGCGGCGAGAGUACGAGACGUAUCUCCGAAAUCUUGGAGUGACGCUUCAGCAGUCCGUGUAUUCGCUGAGUCGUAAAUCGCACUGGAUUACUUUCUUCGCACUUCUUACGCUCUGGCCAACCGGAUAUGAUUGUGGAUAUUUUGUUAGGUACACCUCGCCUCCGGCUUCCGCAGAACUGGAAAGGGCUACCAUAGUAUUGGCAACUCCACCAUGCAGCUAUACCGGUAUACGGGAUGCCGUUGAUCUGGCUGUUGCUCGAGGCGGUGAAACGCUAUUGUUGGAAGCCCUGACUGACAUCGACGGCGGACUUAGACAACCGCACACUCUGCUUGCCGAGCAGUUGGAAACCCUAAGACACGCUUUGACGAGGCCCAAUGUUCAGCUUCUGAUUUAUCAGGCGCACAGCAUUCUCCCUGCUGAAACGACGGAAAUGGUAGAGCAGGUGACACAGUACGCGAAUAGAAUGGCUCUUGAGAAAUACAUUCGUGAGCACUCGCCCAAAAGAAAAUUCCCAAGUAAAGAGGCUGGUAGUAGAAGCGCUAGGUCUAUCAAAUCCAGUAAGCGUAGUCAGCUGGCUCUUGAACUUCCCAAAACACAACCGGAAGACCGAAGAUCGACUUCAGUUUAUGACGAUGAGGACGAAGUCUCUAUAUCACCCUCGAUAGAGGACAAGGUGCCGGACAGCGAUUUGUUCGAAUUUGGUCAAGUCGAUGAGUUGUGCGGCAAGUCAUCAGAUAAAUUAGUGGACGGAGGCUGUUAUCUUGCACUGAUACGACGCAAGGAGAUGAUGCAGUUCAAUUCUCUCUUCAUGAUCAAAGUUGCCGAAGCCAAAGGUCUGUUCGGGGAUCCGAACAAGCAGCCUGCGCAACCAAAAGAAGAGCAGCAACCAUUACCGGUGCGACAAAGUUCACAGCAGAGUCGCAAGGGCUGCAAGCGUAACAAAAUUCAAAUGGAUCGGAUAGCAGCUCCAACGUUUUCAUCGAUGGUCAGAAACUUUCGGCACAACAGCACCUGUCCUCGCCAUAAUCAUCACGUUGCACACGAUGAGAGGAUAACUUUUGAACAGGUACGUGACGCCCGGCGUCGCGACGCUCGUCGCUGGUGGGACGAGCUGGCACCAUACUUGCUUCGCUCCUCGCCAAAAAUUCGCAAAUCUUCCGGCUUCCGAGCGACGCGAACUGACCCUAAAACAAGGAAGAUCUUCUACUCGCUCCACGUCGAGGAGAUCUCCUACAUGCAAGCGACUGGCACUGUUUUGAGCGCCUGACCAGUCUACGAGAGACUUUCAUUGUGGCUGCGUGAAUUGAUUACAAAAAAUAUUUGGACGUUUAUCCAACGUUUAGGGUUUUUUUUUCUUGAAUGGUUUCAACAGCGUUGGAACUGAGCUACAGAUGCAAAAACUACUAUUUCCGUUAUGAUCACCUUUUAUCCCUCACCUCACUUUUCCUCCAUCAUAGAUUCAGCGAGGUUCUCGGCUGUAGGGUUACGUUUUCGACAUCUGCAAGUGACCUGCAUCUUGUCCAAUAUUACUGCGAUUUAUAACUGAGAGAUCGGUUGAGUAAUAUUCAACGUUUCCUGAUACCAUAAUGGUUCUACGAUGUAAAAUACCCGAUGAACGUAUAUUUCGCCAAAUUGGUGGAGCAAUAAAAACGUGUAUUUAGUGCAGAUACGAGGA